AUGUCCGGGCUCGAAAUCGCUGGUAUAGUCUUGGGCUCCCUUCCUUUGCUCGUCACAGCGUCAGAGGCCUAUUGCAAGUUCAUAAGAGACUGGGGUAAGGCCCCGUCAGAGCUGAAGAGCCUCAAUCGCCAAUUGACCACAGAACGAGCGAAAUUGUACAACGUCUGCGAGCUGCUCAUCAGCGAUGUGUUAGAACAGCCACAAAUCCAGCCUAUGCUACGGGAUCCAUUCGGGCCGCUAUGGAGGACCCCGGAAAUGGACAGGAUGAUUCGAAGGAGACUCUGGGAUUCGUACAAGCCCUUCGUAGAGACCAUCACAGAGAUACAAGAGGGGCUUGGCAGUAUCAUGCGUCGACUCAGAGUUGAGUGGGUAAACAAGGGUUGCAUGACUCGAGAAUUCAAAAAAUUGCUAUAUCGCAUUCGCCGUGACGACUACAAGGAUGACAUCGCUGUCAUCUCAAAGGGCAUCAGUGACCUAGAGUCUCUAGCCAAACUGAGCAUAAGACUCGAACCUAGCCGAAAGAAACAAUCCCGAGGCAGGUUUUUCAAAAUCCUACGAGACCUGUCGACAAGUGUAUAUCAAGCACUUUACUCUAGCAUGUUCUGCAAUCAUCACCACGACGUGAGCCUCGAGCUUUCCCCACGUUUCAUCGAGAUUGGAUACGAGUGUGAAGAUGAGAAGGUCAUAGGGGAUGCACAGUUCAAGAUGGUGAUAUCUUUUGAGAUGGUGGAGGGACACGCUAUGAAACGAUUUUGGGACGAGGUCAAGAUCAAGACAGCAACUUCGGUCACAACAAUAGAAUCACCAGCUUGUCUGCCGCACCCCGUGGCAAACCGCAGCAAACGAAGUUCUUUCAAUUUCAGAAAAGGUUUCUCAUUCACGAACCCAUCUAACUCGACGCAUAGUGUUGGGUCGGCUACAGCAACAAUGACCCGUCCCCUUACAGAUAUUGCUUUCACCAGAACCUAUGCCGAAGAUGGUAAGCAAAAGCAGCCUCUUAACCUUUGUAUGGCUCUCAGGAAUUCAAGGACCAUACGACCGCUUUGCUACGGCCAUCUCAUCGAUAAAGCGGGCGCUGAUCGACGAUUUGAAGUAUGUCCCUCGGGAACGACAGUCAACAGUGACUGCUGGUCAGUAGUCACUCUAGACGACAUCUUAGAGGGCACGGAGGGACUGAGACCGCUGGUUUCACUCGCUGAAAGGAUUCGGCUUGCACUUGCAAUCGCCUCAAGCGUUCUUCAACUAAGCAAGACACCGUGGCUUCCAGAGGCUUUAACAAGGAAGGACGUACACUUCUUUCGAAAGGAUGGUACUUUUUCGUACAAACACCCAUUUUUUCUUCAAAAGUCCGAGGCGAACCAAAAACAGCGUCGAAUCAUUGCACAACGGUAUUCCUAUCUGGAUAAUCCGACGCUUUUUGCAUUGGGUAUUCUUCUUCUUGAAAUCAUCCUUGGGCAGUCUUUUGAGCAGCUUCGGUCUCCUUUCAAACGACUGGAUAUUAUUGACCCUCAUGGCAUCAUUCACGAUUCUAUUGCCGCGCACAGGCUUUUGGAGAGAGUUGCUUUGAUUAAUCCAGCCUAUCAGGCUGUUAUUCAGAGAUGUAUCGACUGCACUGAAACUCGUGGGCUGGAUGACGAUGCUUUCAGACAGGAGGUGUAUAAUGAUGUGGUUAUGGAGCUUGAAGCCAUGGUUGACUCGACGAAGAUUGGUAUGUAG